UAUUUUAUUUAACCUCCAAACAUCCCAAAUAUUAGUAUCAUAAUGUGUAAUCAACACAGAAAAUAUUAAUGAUAUUUUACAUUAAAAAAAAAAAACACUCAGCCUUCCAAAUCUGGUAUUUUACAUUUACAGAAUAUCUCAGCUCAGACCAUCCACAUUUCAAGCACCCAACAGCCACAUGGCUUCCAUAUUGGAAAGCUCAACUCUAUAAAAUAAUAGCUCAAUUCUGUAAAAUAAUAGCUAACAUUUACCAAGUGCUUACUGUAUGUGAGGCACUGCUCUAAGCCCAUUGGGUGGGAAUUAUAACUCAUUCGAUCUCGGGAUAGCGCCACAAUGUCAAUGUGCUUAUUAUUGUCUCCAUAAGCACCUGUUACUAUUGUAAUAACACCAUAAUAAACUGUUGGCGCUUUUGCAAGCCAUUUUCCUAAUGUGAUGGGGUGGACGCCAGGGGGCAAAGGCUUAUUGAGUCAAGGGGAAAUGAGGGAGCCAGGAAGAGACUGAAAGUUAUUCAAGAAGUUUGGUGAUGAAGAACAGGUUCCCGAGUAAGGGAAAGAGGAGGACAUAGAGACAUGAAGAUAAAGUAGGCGGAAGAGGAAAGAGGGAGAUGGAAGGUAAAAGGGAGAUGGCUGGGGAUGUUUUGGACCAAUCUCUCAAGAGCAGGUGCUCUGCUGGAUAAACAUUGCUUGGCCUGUGCUAGGGGUCAGGAUGCUCACCGCAGCUUCCCAGCUUGGGGUGGGGCUGGGGUGAGGGUGGUAGCCAGACGCAAAGACACCUCUACCCAGCGGGUAAAUGCUAUGACAGAGUGGUGAGAGUGGGGAGGCUGGAGGAGCUGAACUGAGUUGGGAAGAAGGAAGUGGGCCAGCAAAGAAGUAAAAAGGGAGAGGAUAUAGGCUUGAAAAGUGCUUGACUACCAGACCUGGUGGUUGGUUGGAUGAGGAGGACGAGUGAAAAUGAGGAUUUAGGGAUGAUUCCCGAGUUUCCCGCAUGGCCAAGAGCAUGGAGUGCCUCUCUGGAGUCAGGCAUUGGUCCUGUGCACCACAGACUUACUCGGUCCUCGCAGAGGUCCCAUAUAAUGCUUUCCAUUUCACCAAGGUGCAAGCUCAGGCAAGAUUGUCGGCCCCAGGUCUCUCUAUUAGUAGAUGGAUGAGGCAGGAUUUGAGCCCAGGUUAUUCCAGAGAUGGAGGGAGGGAGGAGAAAAGUUGAUGUGGGGGGGAGGGGGGAGAGCCAGGCUGGAUGGUCUGGAUCUCAUCCUCUGAGUAAGCAUCCAUCUGACCCCUCUGCAGAAACGCUGGGUUUGGGGAGAUGGGGACCCAGGGAAGGGACUGGGCCUCUGGCAGCUGCCAAAUGAAAGGUAAGACUGUAGGGAGCUCCAGCAGAACUCAGCAGCCUGAGAGGGAGGCCAGAAGGGUGGACAGGAAGGGCUGGGGAAUGGAGGUGGGGGAGGGGCCACAGGUUUUGGUUAAUGUGGGCAGCUGUCCACGAUGAGGAGAGGAGUGUGCCCAGUCAGAGGUCUUGGGGAGAGGUCUUAGAGCUUGGCAGGGACUGAACAGGGGAGAGGGCCCAAGAAAAGCCUGGGGUGUGGUGGGGGCAUUUAUGCUGGAUCCAGAUCACGGUGGUAGACUUAGAGACCUCCUGAGUGUGACAAAUUCUUCUCUUAACCUGCAACAGGGAAAGCAGAAAUAGAGGAAACCAGUAAGGGAUAAAUAUCUGCAGAGAGAGGGAAGGGAAAGAGGGAAAUUAGGAAAUUACCAGAAAGGAAAAUGAGAGAAAGGAGCACUGGGAGAGGGGAAGGGGGGGAAUGAAGGUAGAACUCCCAUUACCCAGGGCACCCAGGUACCCCAUCACCAACCGGGUGAGAGUCUGAUGCAAGUCUGAUGUGCAGUGGGGGAGGAGUGGGGGCACCUGAGCCAGGUCAGGACCACUGACCUGUGCUACCUCACCCCAGACCAUGACCAGACUCAAGUCACUGGUCCUGUGCAUUUCUGUUUCUUCAUCUGUAAGUGGGGUUCAUUACAGACAACUGGAUGUCAGAGUACUUGGAAAGCACCACAAGGGAAGGUGUUAUUAUAAAGGUCAAUCGAUUUAUAUACGGAGAGCCAUACAAAUGAAAGUGGAUGUGGCCAGUAUAGAAAUGUCUAGGAAGGGCCCAGAAGAUUCCUAGCUCCUCUAUCUGCCCAACGUCCAGGAUAGCAGUGGGGUAGAGGAUGGGGGGCCUGCAACUGGACAGGUGAGGUUCACCUCUGGCAAGGGGCACAAAGCCCUGGGGCCGAGUUCAUCUUGAUCUGGCUCCUGUCUUCUCUGUCGCAGGCCCAACACUUGGUCUGUGCCCCAGAGCACAGGCCCAGGCAAUGCUUAUCCAACUAAACCCGCGCUCUUGCGGGGACAUUGCUCCCACAAAAUCCCCGUUGUCUCCUUUCAUAUAGGACGAAAAUCUCGUUCUAUGUCUUUGCCCAGUUCAGCACCCUCGCCACCCUAGUGAUAGGGCCUGGUAGGUCCUUGUCCCCACUCAGCUUGGAGCCGCUUUCCUUUAGCUAGGACUGAGGAUGGGGCAAAGGGAGAAGGGGGAGGAAAUAGAGGAAAGGGUGGAGGGCGGUGCGGGUAGGGAAACAGGAAAGCGGGGUAGUGACAGACUGCCUGAGACAGAAGCGGGAGAGAGGGAGAGACCAGCACAGUGAGCCAGGAAGAUCCAGAGAGGCCAGCAAAAGAGACACAGGCGCUCGCAUGGAUUCGGUAACGAAUCCUUCCUCAGGCGUUUCUGGGGCGCCUUGGAGGUGCUCGGCCCUGGUGUGUCCAGGAAGCGAACGGCUGCAGGGUGCGGCAGUCUCCCCCCAACCCCCUCUCUGUCCCCUCUCCACCUCGCCCAAGGGGGCCGGAACGGCUACGACGCGCGGGGGCUUUUCGGAGCAGUCGAGUGGAAAAUAGACUUUAACCCGCUUUGUGGCAACAAGGGCGCCCGGAGCGCUCUCCGGGACCGAGGCUCCGGGCGCUCAGGCGGGCCACUCCCAAGAUCCGGCCUGGAGUGUUGUAGUCAGGCUACACGAAGACCCCCUUGGCCUCGGGGCGCCGUGAGGUCCAGUUCGGAUCCGCUCACCGGGCCACGGCCAAGCCGCUCCUACCCCGGCAGAGGCCAGGAAGUGAUCGCCCUUCGGUCCCCUUCUCGCAGCGCACUGGCAGGUUUCCGGUCCCAGCCCCUCAUCACCGGCCAGCGCCCUCCUAGACCUGGACGCAGUGUUUCCAGCGGCCUGAAAAGGCCCAGUUGAAAGUUUGAAGAACAUUAGUUUUCCUUCCCAACUGCCCUCUCACCCCGGGGAAUCAGUGUACGAAAUGGAAAGUGGCUGGAGUAGUGCUCCGCUGCUCCGUGGUCGCCGCGGGAAGGCGAAGGUCGAGGGAGGCCAGGCAGCCGCUAAGAUCCCGGGAUAGCCGAUAUGUUUUGGACAAGGACUCAGAUCUCACGGCCACCUCCAAUUUAAGAUAAUGCCGCCAAGGCCCAAGCCUUGCUGGACCCACCUGCACCUGAGCCCCAGGACCAGAGGAGACGAAGAAAGCAGAUCGACCUGUCCCGGUACCAGUCAGCCGGGCGCGGUGCCCUUGACAGGGCCUAGGAGGGGCUUCCGAGCCCCGAGUAUUGCAGCUUGUGGACUGCAGGGUGACCGCUCCGCCAGCUCCUCUAGCUCUGUCCCCGGCCUGGACCCUUGUGAAAAAUACUGCGCGUCCCCUUCCCGGAGCUGUCCCCCCAAACACCCAGAAAAUACGAAACCUCACGAACCAGGCCGCGGCUUCAGACUGCGGCCCAGGAGACGGAUGGUGGGUGAUCCUGAGGGUUGCUGAAGGAGCAGGGAGCUGGUUCUCGGGAGAACCUAUUUGUUGGACCCCAAACACCUACAUUCCACUCGGAUCCAAGUUAUCUGAGAGCUGAAGCGGCAUCCUGGGACGAAUUGGAGAGGGUUCAACUGAUUUACACACUGGGGAGUGGGUUUGGAGUUUUCCCCGAGACCCAGGGUCCUCGGACUCCUCCUUCGGCUCCCGCGUGGGUUGACACUGUUGAGACGGCCGCCAGACUCCGCUGAAGGGCGGAGAUGCGAGAAGACGCGAGAUGGGUAGGAGGCCUAGAUCGCCCCGCACAAGCUCCAGUCCGGUUUUUGCCUCCGACUGCUGGCUCCUUUCCCCACCCGCGGUCCCUCGCCCCGCCCCGCCCCGCCCCCCACCUUGGGGCAGGUGAGCGGCGGCCAAUGGGCGAGCGCCGGGCAGGUGCCCGCUAACUCUCGCUUCGGAGCGCGGUGGCCGAGGCCGGGCUGGACGGUGCCGGGAGGACCGGGGGCGGGGGUCGGUCCUGGCUGGACUCGAGAGGGAGGGGGCCGGGCUCAGCCCCCAGGCCGUUGAGGCAGCUCUCAGCAUCGCACCCAGCCCGCUCCAGAGCGAGCGCCGGGAGCUGCCCGUUCGGCGGCAGAGGCCGGCGCGCCUAGCUGCGCGCGGUGGCCCGUUUCCGCGUUUGCUGGCUUGCACGCCCCUCGCCGCUCCUCGCCUGGCUCGUGGGCAGGGGCUGAGCGCGGGCGGGCGGGCGGGGGAGGUGAGGGGUGCUGGUGUGUGUGCAUGUGCCUGGCUGGGUGCACACCCCGCACGGCGGCGGCGCCUGGACGCGGAGCGCUCCCCAGAGCCAGGCUGCCUCGCUCGGCUCUGGCGGCUGCGACCAUGUUCCAGCCCACAGCCAAGCGCGGCUUUACCAUCGAAUCUUUGGUGGCCAAGGACGGCGGCACCGGCGGGGGCACUGGCGGCGCGGGAGCGGGCUCCCAUCCCCUGGCGGCUGCUGCCUCGGAAGAGCCGCUCCGGCCCACGGCGCUCAAUUACCCUCACCCCAGCGCGGCCGAAGCGGCCUUCGUGAGCGGCUUCCCCGCCGCCGCGGGCGCGGGCCGCUCGCUUUACAGCGGGCCCGAGCUCGUGUUCCCCGAGGCCAUGAACCACCCCGCGCUGACUGUGCACCCGGCGCACCAGCUGGGCGCCUCCCCGCUGCAGCCCCCGCACUCCUUCUUCGGCGCCCAGCACCGGGACCCUCUGCACUUCUACCCCUGGGUGCUGCGGAAUCGGUUCUUCGGCCACCGCUUUCAGGCGAGCGACGUGCCCCAGGACGGGCUGCUUCUGCACGGCCCCUUCGCGCGCAAGCCCAAGCGGAUCCGCACGGCCUUCUCGCCCUCGCAGCUGCUGCGACUGGAGCGUGCCUUCGAGAAGAACCACUACGUGGUGGGCGCCGAGCGGAAGCAGCUGGCCGGCAGCCUCAGCCUUUCCGAGACGCAGGUGAAGGUGUGGUUCCAGAACCGGAGGACAAAAUACAAGCGGCAGAAGCUGGAGGAGGAGGGGCCUGAGUCGGAGCAGAAGAAGAAGGGCUCCCACCACAUCAACCGGUGGCGCAUCGCCACGAAGCAGGCCAACGGGGAGGACAUCGACGUCACCUCCAAUGACUAGGGUGGGCAGCCAUGAACCCACGAGGGCGGAGUGCUGCUCGCUGCUGGCCAGGUCCCCCCUCGGGGGGCCCAGCAGGACUCUGGCCACUCCUUGGCCGGGCUGCGUGGACGCCUCAGGUCAUGGCCCCAGAGGGCUUGGACCCUGGGGCCACCACCGACAGAGGGACAAGAAAUGGGCUGGCUGAGGCCCGGGACUGCUCUAGCUUCUCCUUGGAGAGCCUGUCUGCCUGACCAGGCUGCCGGCCACUGCAGUCUCCCAGCCACUCUCCAUUUCUCUUAUCUCCUUUUUGUUUCAAUGCAUUUCUGUUUUAAUUUAUUUUCCAGGCACCGGCUGUAGUUCUUAGUGAUCCCCUUGUGUCUCCCUUCCCUAUGGGAAUAAUAAAGGUCUCUCUCUUAAUGA